UGUGCCUGACCUCUGGGCAGAGCCAGGGGGUGUCACCCGCCCGAGUGGUAGCCCCCGGGGCCGCGGCACUCCAACGGGGGUCCCCCCUCCACAGCCACGUGCGCCGCCCCCGCUGGCCCGCGCCACGCUCCGCCCUGGACGCCGCUCGUCCCGGCGCCGGGGUGCGCGGGAGGUGGGAGCGGGCCGGGCUCUGCCUGAUUUACGGCUCUGCUGAAAACCGCUUCGCUCCCGCAGCAGCAGCACCGGCCGCGGCGGCAGCAGCAGCAGCUGCAGCUGCAGCAACAAGUCCGGACUUUUAGAGUAAUGCAACAGAAGGCUUUUGAGGAAAACAGAUACCCCUGGCAGGAGUCCUUGGAGAAUGUUGCUGUGUGCCUGCCAUUUCGCUGCCCGAGGUGUGGAGACCAUACCAGGUUUAGAAGCCUGUCUUCAUUGAGGGCCCAUCUGGAAUUCAGUCACAGCUACCAGGAAAGAACCCUUUUGACAAAAUGCAGCCUCUUCCCAUCCCUCAGAGACACAGACUUAGUCACCUCCUCAGAACCCCUGAAACAGGGAAAAUUGCAGAGCAGUGGCAACGUGGUGAAGCAGAAACCGAGCUAUGUUAACUUGUAUAGCAUUUCGAACGAACACUCCAAAGACAGGAAGCCAUUCGAGGUGGUGGCAGAGAGACCUGUGUCCUACGUGCAGACCUAUACUGCGGUGGGCGUACACGCAGACUCCCUGGAUGGGCUGCGCUCCAGUCCCGGGCUUCCUACCUCAGACACCAAAGCUUCCUUUGAGGCACAUGUCAGAGAAAAAUUCAAUCGGAUGGUUGAGGCCGUGGACAGGACCAUUGAGAAGAGAAUUGAUAAACUUACCAAAGAGUUGGCCCAGAAAACUGCCGAGCUGUUGGAAGUUCGGGCAGCUUUUGUGCAGCUGACUCAGAAAAAGCAGGAGGUUCAGAAGCGAGAGCGGGCCCUGAAUAGACAAAUGGAUGUGGCCGUGGAGAUGAUUGCUGCACUAAGGCAGCGCCUGACAGAAUCUGAGGAGGAGCUUCUCAGAAAAGAAGAUGAGGUUGUGACAUUCAACCAUUUCCUGGAAGCAGCUGCUGAGAAGGAGGUUCAAGGGAAAGCUCGGCUCCACGACUUUAUUGAGAAUCUGUUGCAACGGGUGGAGCUGGCCGAGAAGCAGUUAGAGUACUAUCAGAUCCAGCAGGAUGCUGACCUCUGCCGGGACAUCAGUGAGCACGUGCUUGCAGAUAUCUCCUCAAAUAGGAAACCCAAAUGCCUAAGCCGAGGGCACCCACAUUCUGGGUAUAGCCACCCUGAUCUGAAGACCCAUUUUCAUCCAAAGGGAAGAAGCCACAUGAAAAAAGCCAAGGAUGACAGAACCAACAUGCAGCCUGCAAAAUCCAUUUAUGAACAGGCUGAGUCCCCCAGAGAACUCUGCAGAGCGCCGAAGAAAGGGGAACCUCUGGGAUUUAGUCGGAAAGGCAAUAUCAGGCCCAAAAUGGCCAAGAAAAAGCCAACGGCAAUUGUCCACAUCAUCUGAAAGGAACUGGGGUGCAGGCCAGAACCUCAGGGGCAAUGAGAGG